AUGGCGCGACCGCUCGUCGUCGUCGGACCGUCCGGCGUGGGGAAAGGGACGCUGAUCGCGAUGCUUCAGCGAGAGUUUCCCGAUAAAUUCGGGUUCUCGGUGAGUCACACGACGCGGUCGCCUCGACCGGGAGAGGUGCACGGAACGCAUUAUAAUUUCGUCGACAAGUCGACGAUGGAGCGAGACAUCGAGAAUGGAAAGUUUUUAGAGUACGCGCACGUGCAUCAGAAUAUCUACGGCACCUCGUUCGCGGCGGUGAAAACCGUGACGAAAAGUGGAAGGAUCUGCCUGCUCGACAUCGACGUCCAAGGGGCAGAGUUAGUGAAGAAAUCCGAUUUGAACGCCGCAUACGUCUUCAUAGCGCCGCCGUCGAUGGAGGAACUCGAACGCCGUCUUCGCGGUCGAGGCACAGAGAGCGAAGACGCCGUGUUGAAGCGUCUCGAAAACGCUCGUAACGAAAUGGCGAAAAAAGACGUUGAGGGCUUCUUCGACGCCGUCAUCGUGAACGACGACGUGGACAAGGCGUACGAGGCUUUAAAAUCUGUCAUCGCCGCCCACGUGGAAACCGGCGCGUCCUCUGCGUCCUCUCGCGACGCCGUCUUAAAGUACGGUCCCUCCGCGUUCGCCAUCGCGUGCGCCAUCGCCAUCGCCGCGAGAGUUUUCAUCAACAAGGGCGGUCCUUAG